AUGUUUCAAACUAAGAACUGGGCAUUCUACGGUUUAGUAAUUGGAUUUUCUUUGGUUUACAUCUAUUGCAAACCCAAUGAAUUAUAUGAGAGUUCAAAUUGUCAUAAUUCUGACGCUCCAGGGAAAUGUAUCCCUAUCACACAAUGCACUUCAGCACUGGAAGCAAUAAAAAAACAACAUUCUCAUGGGUUGCAACGUUGCGGUUUUGAAGGACUUGUGGAAAUAGUGUGCUGUCCAGAUUCAGAAAUGCAGCAGAACCAUACAGACAAACCACCUAACGAAGACGACAACACCGAAAACACAACUUCAUUUAAAGGCGGCGUUAUAACCAGAAAGAGUCAAAAGGCGUGCGACAAAUAUUCCACAGCUUUACCACCAGUUCUGGUCUCCUACAUUCUGGGUGGAGAGGAUACACAACUAGGAGAAUUCCCUCACAUGACCGCACUUGGUUUCUUCAGCAAAGAAGACAAUAUGUAUAGAUUUGACUGUGGCGGUACUUUAAUUUCCCCUUAUUAUAUAGUGACCGCAGCGCACUGUGUUGUAAAUGUUCAGGGCAACGAGCUGAAGAUAGCAAGACUAGGUGUGAUCAAUGUUCCGGGAAUGGUGGAAAAGCCUGAUCCGAAAAUAGAUUAUAACGUCAUCAACGUUACAAUUCAUAAACACUAUGAUGGCCGAAAAAAGUUCAGCGACAUAGCUUUAGUGAAGCUUGAGAAAGAAGUUACAUUUACUGAUACUAUUCGGCCAGCUUGUUUGUACACAAAGAGUGAUAUCCCUGAAGAAUUAAUUGUAACUGGAUGGGGAGCUGAACGCGUCGGAGGCGAGAGAAGUAGUAUUCUCCAAAAAGCGAUUUUAUACUCUAUGAAUUUGCAAGAAUGUAGUCGUUUAUAUCAGAAAAAAGUUCAAAAACAGAUAACGGAAAACCAAAUAUGUGCGAUCAGCAAUAUCAGCAGUGCUUGCCAGGGAGACUCCGGAGGACCUUUGCAGAUUCAAAGCAGGAUUAAAUUAUUAACAGUUGUUGGACUCUCAUCAUACGGUAUUAGCUGUAGCGGUCAGUAUCCUGGAAUUUACACAAAAAUUAGUAGUUAUUUAGACUGGAUUGAAGAGAUAGUUUGGUCAGGAACCGUGUAGUAAAUUGCCAUCUCAACAUCCAGGAGUCGACGUGCUAGUGUUUUGAUGGAUUUUUCUAAUAAAUGUGAUUAUUUUUGCCACAAAGUUAAUUUAUUUUAAUAUUUACGAUAUAUAUAUAUAUAUA